AUCUGCGAGUGUCAGUGCAAUUCGCGACGCGAUGCCCUCCGCUCUCUCGGUCCGUACUUAAGGGGUGGUGAGAUCGAAGGCUCGCCGACUACUCCCGUUGUGUCGUUGUCAAGAGCGACGAGGACUACCCUCUGUGCGCGACAAGUUCCGAGGAAAUCAAAGCUUCCAUUCUUACAAAACUUCGGGCGGUACAAUCCGAAGUAAUCGUGUCGACGAGCAAAUAAUCGCGAUCGAUCGUCGUUCCUAUGACAAGGAAAAAGUGUUAGAUGUGAGUGACAAUUGGUAGGAUUAAAUUCGCGUUUCCAUUUGAAAUGAAUCCUGUCGCGUUGAUUAAUCCAGUGAUAUUCGUUAUCGGUCGAUGAGGGAGCAAUCAGCUGAUUGCUAUCAAUUAUUUGCAAUAAUCGUGCGGAUCGAUGCGAUACUCCGGUACAUCACUGCAAGAAUGCUCGUCGGUACGUCGGUGUUUUCUAUCGCGAGAUUGAAAAUUAUGCAAACAUAAUUUCCAACCGUGCAAUCCGCGCCAAAGAAACGCCGGCGUGGCGACGUCCGAUCGUGCGUUCGUUAUUAUCGGAAAACAGCGGCGAGUUAUCAUCCGUUAGGCGACGUCAGGUCGCAAUGAUAUGAAAAUACCAGUUAUCAAACGCGACAGGAUAAAACGACAGCAAUAUCGAGAGUUUCGUUCCAUUGCAUAGAUAUUCAACGGCUGUGACGUAUUGUUGUGCGCCCGCGCUCGGACGAAAAAAAGGGGAAAAAACGGGAACGAGUAAGAGGAUCGAGCGUGGCAGAUAAAAACGAAGAAGAGUAGCGGAGGUAUGUCGGAGAAGAUGAUAUUGAGGCGGAGAACUGAUUGAAGCGAAAAAAAAAUGACAACUAUUGAGGCCGUUAGUGAAAUGAGUGCGGUACGUCGGGCGGUAUGGUUUAGCGCCGUGUUGUUCGCAGCGACUCCCUUGGCCUACACUCAAGUAACAUGGACGCCGAUCUACGUGGGAGGAUACAGUCAAGUUGACCUCUGGACACAGAGCACCACCGGCUGCGCCUGCAGCUUCAACUCAUCCAGCAACGAUUGCGCUUGUUGCGUACCAUCGGGAGGCUGCAGUUGCGGCGCAGCUUCGCCCGAUAGAUGCGCUCAGUGCGGCCUGGAGCAGCAUUGCGCAAAUAUGUGCAACAUAACGUUGGACAGCAGGCAGCUGUUCAGCAAAUCGGAUCGUGGCUUCGGGCAAAUAAAGUCGCCGUAUCUUCAAGGGCCCUCGAGGUGUACAUACAGAUUCGUGCCGGAUACUGGGCAGCGAGUUGAGCUGCAGAUAUAUCGACUGGUGUCCAUCGGUCGACACAACGGCACCGCAUGCGAGGGCGGGUGGCUUCAGCUCGAGGGCAGCGCUCGCGUUUGCGGUCGUAACCAACGCUUCGACCGACCGGUGGUGCUCUUCUCGGACAAACCAGUCGCGACUCUACAUAUGCAGAUAAACGAAAACACAACACGGUCCCAGUUCCUGGCCUACUUCAGCUUCUCGUCCAAAGCGAGCACGUCCGUCGGCUGGCCAGUGAGGGGCGGACAUCCGGUUAACAAUACGGUCUGCUACCCCAUACCCUAUCCGCUCCAUUUUCCCCAUCCACCUCUCGCUUAUACCGGCGUUUAUCCUGGUGCGAAAGACGAAGCGAGCACCGAAGUUCUCGAAUUGCCUCAAACACAUAGUCACGUUAUAAGAAAAUACUUGUGUUUUCAUUGCAGUCACUGCACCAGCGACUACAUUGCCGUCUAUUCAGGCCCGACGACGUCAAGCCCGUUGUUAAAAAUGCUCUGUGACAAACAGAAAACGUCGCUGAUAUACGACGGCCAAGAGCUCCUCGUCGAGUUCAGAACUGGUCCGGAAGUACCGCCCUUCGAUUAUAACGGCUUCGUUGCAACGCUGACUUUUAUAGAAAUGACGACGGAAGUUCCAACGACGAUCGCUAUCGACAGCAUGAAUAAAAGUGUCGAAAUGAUGAAGUCCGGCAGUUAUAACAAUCGUGACCUCCAUGACCACCGCAAGGAUCAGGGCGCCGUGACCAGCAGCUGCGACCUCGAGGUGAACGGUGAGAAGGUCCGGGCGGGUCACCACGACACCAGGGGGAAGCCCAAGUCCACAACGUGCAGGCUCGUGCUGCGUGGCCGUACUUACGACACCGGACACGUUUCCCUAGCCAGUUACAACCUCAGCGCGCAGUCCUGUCAGUCGGCGAUCGAGAUAUUCGACGGCUCGCCGGAGAGCGGGAUGCUGGACACCGCUAAUUCCUUGGAGAGGAUUUGCAGUCCUGCGCAGUGGCUCCCGCGAGAACUCGCGGGUCAAGAUAAGUACGCAGAGCCGAAGCGCUAUUCGUCCAACGGCCGGGACAUGACGGUGGUUUUAAGACGUGCCUCCAACAGUCCCACCGACGAGGAGUACAUGGAGAUCUCAUACUACUUCCACGACGAACGUGAGGGUGGCACUCAGCAGCCGGCCAGCGUAUGUGACGUCGAAUAUUACGGAUUGACGUCACCGGUGGAGGGCUCGGUGGUGCAUCCGGAACCGCAUCGGCUAUUCGCGAUGGAAGGCCCGGUGAAGUGCAGGCAGCACUUUAUACCGGCGCCCAACCAAUCGGUGGUCAUUACGGUGAAGGGUAGCACGAAGCAGACGCCGAACAAUCCGUGCGAGACCAAGUGCGGCGACAGCGGCUGCCACUGCGUCAGCAAGUCCCUGGAGAGCAUGGACCACCUCCUGCUCGUCUCCGAGACCGGACACAUUGUCACCUGUCUCUGUGGGAAUUACCAGGACUGGCUUCCGGUAGGCAUCCGUAGCUGGACCCCGGUCUACAUCGAGUGGUCGAGGUCGUCGAGGGCGGGCCUCAAUUUCCACGCGGCCUACAAGUUUAUCAAUGACACUUACUGUGGCGAUCACACAACGGCGGAGCCGGAAGGCGAGGUGAAUGGGGGUGAUCUAGCGAGCGCUGGGCUCAAGUUGAAUCAGUAUUACCAGCAGAAAUGUACCUGGAUCCUGGACUCGCCGAUCGACCGGCAACUCGUCAUCGAAGUCAAGUCCACUCAGAGCCGACCCUGCACGGCGUGGAACCUGACGAUACACGAGUAUAACAAGACCGGCGAUCCUGCUGGACUCAGACUGCACACGUUCUGCUCGAGGGACACGCACAAGAAUUUCACCCUGCCGUGGAAGAUGAAUACCGCGGUGGUUAGGCUGCAGGCUCUUGGGAGGACUGCCCCGCAAUACACGAUGAGAUGGCGAAGUCUGACAGUGAUCGCCAAUACUCGCCAAAGUGGACCAUCGCCAGCUCCGAACUGGCACGUAGUGGGCUCGUCGAGUAAAACUAAGCCGCGGGGAAUGGCCUUUAUCCUCGUUAUGUUCGCGAUCCUACUCGCACGUUCGUUUGACUGUACUUGAGACUGUUAAGCUCAGGGGAAAAUCGCGUUAAUGCAGACACGUUCCUGUUAAUUGAACCGCGAAAACUCACUGUCUCACGUGUAUAUAAACGAUGAGGACUCGUGCCGGUCCUCGUUUUACGUCGCUCGAUGUGAGAUGUUUUAUGAAGAUGGCACCCCCUCCGCCCCCCACGACAUCCCCAAUCGACAGUCGAGAUUUUGCGGGCUGGCUCGUUAAUUCCCGUCUGCGUAAUUAUCACGAGAGAAAUAUUUUAAGCGCAGAAGAGGAAACGUGCCGUGCGUGCGACGCAGGGAAUAAAUACCGAGAAAAUUUCGAUCGAUCUGUUAUAUUUUUCACUCUAAUGUACGACUCAAUCUUUCGAAGUGUGAACGGGAAGUUAACGAGUCAGAGUUUACCAUUCUUCGAUCGAAUCGUACGUAUACAUAUUAUACACACUCACGCAUACAUACAUGUACGUUGGAAUUAAUGAAAAAUGAUGAUCAGCACAUUUAAUAAGUGAUUAGCUCACAUUGUCAUUCGAUCUAAAGAUAUGGAUCUGUAAAGUCUAGAUUGUCCAUUCCUCGUCCAAUUAAUUUGAAACUUUUUAUAUUCUUCAUGCAAAUAAAUAAUAAAAGUUGUUUCAAGAUUUUUCCUUGCUAUACUCCUUACACAAUUGUUAUUAACACUAGAAAUACCAAGCGGUUAUUUUUAAUCGUUUUUAUUUCUUUUAAUUAAUAUUUUUUGUAAUAUCAAGGAUAAAGAUUAUGAUUUAUCAGGUGCUUUUUCUCAGGUGCAUCAGAUCCAAGAGUAGAUUCAAGAGUAGAAUUUUAAAAAUUUCUAAUUUCAAUAUUCUCCAUCAGAAUAAA